CCCCAGAUCGUCUUUACCAGGCAGUUGUGGGAGAGAACGAUGCCAUCUGCAGAACACGACGACUUGAGCACAAGUUCCCAAGGUAUCGCAAGCGACGGAGGUGUCAGUUCUCGCAGAGCGUCGACCAACGUACCGAUUGCUCCGCAGUUGCAACCUUCGCCCAAAUCCCGACUCUCGGACACACCGCUGACGCCUGAAGAGUCACCGCCCUUUCGCGACCAUCGAAAGAGGAGCGCCGAAGCUCUUGACCAGGACGAAGUCAACGACGUGAGCCCUUCACACACCAGAGACGGCAGCACUGAAUCCUUGGCCAACUUUUGUCUGUGUCAGCCCGAGCCGAAGGUACCCAGACCUCGAAACGCUUUCAUCCUCUACCGCCAGAACCGCCAAGCAGCUGUAGUCGCCCAGAAUCCAGGACUUGCCAAUCCGGAGAUCUCAAAGAUCAUCGGCGAACAGUGGCGCAACGAGCCCGAAGGAGAGAAGAAUCGGUGGAAGGCGUACGCAGAGGAAGAGAAGUUACAGCAUCAGCAAAGAUACCCCUCGUAUCGUUACCAGCCUAAGCGAUCAGGACGCCGAGGCAGUGUCUCCUCUGAAUCAGGCUUCUCGCAAUCAGAUCAGCGCAAGUGUCAGAAGUGCGGCGGUCGAACCAUCAUCCAUCCUACACCAAGCACGCCUUCUUCGGCUCGAGAAAAACCACACAGUCUGGACACGAGUCCUUCCUCAGCAUAUCAUCAACCUUCACGUCUGAACGCAUUUCAACUGCCGCCUCCCACACCUUCAUCUACCACCACUCCUUCUACUCGCUAUCUGCCUAUGCUCAACAACCUUUCUCUGUCGUCUCCACACCCUCGCAACAUGUCAAAUGGACGUCCUCCGCAGCCUUUCAUGGGCCAGCGUGGCCAGGAUGAACACUCAUCUAUUCUGUCUCCCGACUCAAAGCGACGCAGAUUCGAAUCUCCACAAGGAACAUACGUCAUGUCGACACGAACCAUGCCACCACGACACAACGCUGGACCCGGUACACCGUUCCCCUUCGGCCCCCAAGGACAGCCUGCUAUGCAGCAAGGCCAGCAGAUGGGCCCACCUCAUCAAUUCCAACCUCCGCCUGGCGCGCAACAUCUUCGUAGGGAGAGUCUACCACGUCCUGCCGAUCUCUUACGAGGACCUGUACCGCCAAACAUGAACAUGAUGGGACCACCACCUCGUCCUGGACCCGGCUAUUCGCAACACAGAGCCAGCCAAGGCCAGCGUCCAGGUGGGCCUGAGCUCAGCCUGACACUACCUCCCUUGCAAGCUGGCAAUAUGUCCGGUCCUCCGACAUCCACCAGAAGUGGACCCAGUCAACCACCCAGCGGCAACAGAGGCAGCGACUCCAAGGAGCCUGACCGACGCAGCGUGGGUGAAAUCAUCAUGUCUAUGUCUUUCAUGGCCAAGGUACAGAUUCUAGGCCGGGUCGCACCACCAUUUCCUGCAAACGACAACAAGUCGCGAGGAACCAUAAUCGCUAUCGAAGGUGAUGAUCCAGAGGCAGCACGCAAUGUGACAGACUGGCUUGAGGAGUUUCUCGGUCGCGAAGGCGAUAUGGUGGUCAAGGUUGUUGACGGCCCCAAGUUACCAGAGGGCAAUGAUGGACAAGAAGUGCAGUUUCAGGAACUACUACGCACAGUCGGCGAAUGGCAUGAAAAGAGCAAGAAGAUUGAGGAGCUUGUCCGUGGUGAUACGGAGAGAAAAGACAGUGACACGAGCUUGCUGUCGUCGUCUGGACCUGAUAGCGAAGCCAUGGAGGUCGACUCAUCUCAUGCAAGUGGUGGAAAGCUGGUGAUACUCCUGCGUACGUACACAGUGACAGCGUCUAACGUGUUUGCGUCACGAGUGGCCAUUAGGGACGCGUACAAAGCAGCAGAUCACUGGCAGUGGACAGCGACGUUAUGGCGCGGAAUCGUCGGACCGGACAUGACGGUUUAUGUCAAGGAGGCCGAUAAGGCAGAAGAUGGAGGAAAAGGUGGAGUGGAGAUCAAGGAGGAAAACCGGAUCAUGGCGGUCCGACGUUUCAAGGGCUCUGAAGAGAACGGCGGAGUUGAAGGUAUCGAAGCAGGUACCCUUCGACGUCUUGGCUUCGAGGUGGGUGAAUGGGUCCGAAGUGGUGGAGGGAAAAAGGAGUAGAGGAGAGUUGAAGCACAUUAGCGUAUCAUCUAUACAGCGUAUCAUAG